AUGGCGGUGCAGGCGGCGCUGCUCAGCGCGCACCCGUUCGUGCCCUUCGGCUUCGGGGCGCCCCAGGACGGGCUCGGGGGCGCCUUCGGAGGCUGCUUCGCGGACGAGGAGCGCGGGGCGGCGGCGGCGGCGGCGGCGGGCGCGCGGCUGUCGGGCGCCGAGGGCGGAGACGUGCGCGAGGCCACGCGCGAGCUGCUCAGCUUCAUGGACUCGGCGUCCAGCAACAUCAAGCUGGCGCUGGACAAGCCCGGCAAGUCCAAGCGCAAGGUGAACCACCGCAAGUACCUGCAGAAGCAGAUCAAGCGCUGCGGCGGCCUCGUGGGCGCGGGCCCGCCGUCCCCGCCCGGCGCCGCCCCGGCCCCGGCCCCGGCCCCGGGCCCGGGCAAGGCCGCCGCGCCCCCCCGGCGGGAAGCGGCGCAGGCCGCGGCGGCCGCCAGCCUUCAGAGCCGCAGCCUGGCCGCGCUCUUCGACUCGCUGCGCCACCUCCCCGGGGGCCCCGAGCCCGCCGGCGGGGCGCCCGCCCUCCCCGAGGCUGGGCCGGGGGCGGCGCGCGGCGGCGGCGGCGGGGCGGGCGGGGGGGACGCGGCGGGCCCCGCGGUCCCCGGCGCCCGGAAGGUCCCGCUGCGCGCUCGCAACCUGCCGCCGUCCUUCUUCACCGAGCCGUCCCGGGCGGCGGCGGCGGCGGGGGGCGGCCGGGACGGUGGCCCGUCGGGGGGCGGCGGCGCGGGCGCGGGCGCGGGCGCGGGAGACCUGGAGCCGGGCGCGCCCGACGCCGUGGAGUUGUUCGACUUGCUGGGCGCCGACUACGGCCCGGGCGCGGAGCCGGGCGUCCUGCUGGCCGCCGCCGCCGCCGCCGAGCCCCUCGACGUGUUCGCCGCCGCCCUGCGGGGACCCUCGGAGCUGGAGCCGGGCCUCUUCGAGCCCCCCCCGCCGGCCUUGGUGGGCCACCUGCUGUACCCCGAUCCCUGGAGCGCCCCCAGCGGGCCCCCGACCAAGAAGCCGCCCCUGGCCGCACCCCGCGGCGGCCCCGGCGGCGGCCUGACCUUGACCGAGCCCUUGCGGGCCCUGUACCCCGCGGACGGCGCCCCGGCCCCCCGGGAGGACGCGCCCGGCCCCCCCGCCGCCGCCCCGUUCGCCCCGUUCUUCCCCGACUGCGCCCUGCCGCCCGCGCCCCCGCCGGCGCCCUACGACUACGGCGGCGCCGGCUACGGCCGCACGGCCUUCGCCGGCCUCUGGAGACAGGACGGGCUGUGGGAAGGGGCGCCCGGGGAGGAAGGGGCGCCGCGGGACUGA